AUGCAGGCUGCAGUUGAUAGAGAAAAAGUGUACACAUGGAUUUUGGAGCUGUGUAAUCCUGAAACUCGUGAAAAUGCUCUUCUGGAGCUGAGUAAAAAACGAGAGGUGGUGCAGGAUUUAGCGCCCAUGUUAUGGCAUAGUUUUGGAACCAUUGCCGCUUUAUUACAAGAAAUCACCAAUAUUUAUGUUGCUAUGAUACCUCCCACCCUUACUGCCCAUCAAAGCAAUCGUGUUUGUAAUGCUUUAGCCUUAAUGCAAUGUGUAGCUUCUCAUCCAGAAACAAGGUCUGCUUUCCUGCAAGCUCAUGUACCAUUGUUCCUGUAUCCUUUUCUUCAUACUGUGUCCAAAACGCGCCCUUUUGAAUAUCUGCGCUUGACCAGUUUAGGUGUUAUUGGGGCAUUAGUAAAAACUGAUGAGCAGGAGAUCAACUUCGUGAUGCAACAUUUACAGCAUGCCUUCAAGAAGACAAUUCAACCAAGCAUUGGCUGGCGCAACUCAUUAAAAACUUGGAAGCUCAACCCCCACCUGCGAGCCCCGCUCAACAGAACAUGUACAAAACCAGAUGAAAAG